AGACAGUAGACAUUCAGAAUCACAAUUCAGAUUUAUAGUGCCGCAACUCAAUUUCCGUUUAUCUCGAAAUAAAAUUUGUUUUCAACGAAGGAAAAUCUUCUACAAAAGAUCAUCGUCUAGCAAUGUCUAGUAAAAUAGAUUGGGCCAAGUAUGUAGCUGAAACUGAGAAAAACCUCACGAACAAGAUAGCAAAUGUAGAAAUUUCAAACGAAGGUGAUAAUCAUGCAAAAAACGCAAUCGGAGAAGAUGACGAUGAUGCUCCUGAUCAAUUCAGUCCUGCAGAGGCGAGUCUCCUAGCAAAGGUCAUAAGAAAAGGCUUAGUUGAAAGUAAAAAUGACAUCGAGGUGCAGCGGAAAGAUCCAAAAUCACCACUGUACUCUGUCAAAUCCUUCGAAGCUUUGAAUUUGAAUCCAAAACUACUAAAAGGAGUCUUUGACAUGGGAUUUAAUGCUCCUUCCAAAAUCCAAGAAACUGCGCUACCUACUCUUUUGGCAGAUCCCCCACAGAACUUAAUAGCCCAGGCACAGUCAGGUACUGGAAAAACUGCAGCUUUCGUUCUGGCUAUGUUAAGUAGAGUUGAUGUAACAAAGAAAUACCCACAAGUACUGUGCCUUUCUCCAACUUACGAAUUAGCAAUUCAGACUGGUGAAGUUGCAGCUCAUAUGGCAAAAUUCUGCCCAGAAAUUGAAAUGAGAUUUGCAGUAAGGGGAGAGGAUGUGCCUAGAGGAACAAAAUUGACUGAACAUAUAAUAAUUGGCACACCAGGAAAAGUUUUGGAUUGGGGUAUCAAAUUUCGAGUAUUUGAUUUGAAAAAAAUCGACGUUUUCGUUUUGGACGAGGCUGAUGUUAUGAUAGCAACACAAGGACAUCAAGAUCAGUGCAUUAGAAUACAUAAGAAUCUCAGUCCGACUUGUCAAAUGAUGUUUUUCUCAGCAACGUACGACCAAGAGGUUAUGGAUUUCGCUGAGCACAUUGUAAAGACUCCCAUUAUAAUGAGGUUGAAACGGGAAGAAGAAAGCUUAGAUAACAUUACUCAAUAUUACGUGAGGUGCGCAAAUCAGCAAGAAAAGUACAGUGCCGUUACAAAUAUCUACGGUACAAUAGCCGUUGGUCAAGCCAUAAUAUUCUGCCAUACAAGAAAAACAGCUUCUUGGCUGUCAGGAAAAAUGACCACAGAUGGUCAUGCAGUAGCUGUACUUUCGGGAGAUUUAACUGUGGACCAGCGUAUAAGCGUUUUGGAUAGGUUUAGACAGGGAAAGGAGAAAGUUCUUAUCACAACAAAUGUACUCUCGAGAGGUAUUGAUGUAGAACAAGUUACCAUCGUUGUAAACUUCGACUUACCAGUCGAUGUACACGGCAAAGCAGACUGUGAGACUUAUCUACACAGAAUUGGUCGCACAGGAAGAUUUGGCAAACGUGGAAUCGCUAUAAACCUUGUGGAUUCCGAUCAGUCGAUGGCCAUUUGUAAGUCGAUUGAGAAACAUUUCAAUCGAAAAAUCCAUUAUCUGAAUGCAGAGGACUCAGAUGAAAUCGAAAAAAUUGGGAAUUAAAUUAUAUAUUUAGAAUCAUGAAUAGAAAUUUUUUACGUUUAUUUUUGAAUUAAAUUGUCAUAUUUAUUUUUCAGUUGACUUGAUGUUAAAAUAUCUUUGAUG